UCCUCUUAAUCCGCCCCUCUCCUCUCUUGCCCAUGCUCACGUCCCGACUCGGCAUCCAUCCGCGCCCCCGAGGCCAGCCGCGCUCCUCCUCACCCCGCCCGCCUGCGCGCUCUGAUUGUGUGUGAGCGCUGGGAGCGAGUCGAGCAGCGGAGGACACUUUCUCCUCUUCCUCUCCUUCACUCCAUCAUGCUCUCUGCUUAGGCUGCGGACUGGCGCUAGAAGUGACGGGCCGGUGAAGCGACACAGCUCCAUGAGUCUGAUUUGGCCUGCCGAUGAGUAGGAGCUCUAUGCGGAUCGAGAGUUAAAGACAGAGCGCCUGAGACCGGUGGUGAGCUCGUUGCGCCACUCUCAGCUCUACCCAGAUCCCAUCCCAGCCUAAUCCCCCCCCCACCUCCAUCCUCUCGCUGCUCGUGGGAACCCGGUGCAACCAUGUCUCCCUUCACCUCUCCUGCCCCCUUCCUCCUCCUCUUCCUCAUGCUCCUCUCCCCGCUGCCUCCCUGCCAGCCGGAGUCGCACCGCAGCGAGCCCAGCGUUGCCUCCCCCGGCCUGAGGGAAGCCCUGCCGUCCUCCCUCCCUUCCUCCUUCCCUCCGCCCCUGGCCUACGGGAACAGCACAGCUCCCGCUGUGAAGGACAAAUGUGACCAGGAGACGGUGUGCUUGCCGGGGAUCCUGCUGCCCGUCUGGAAGCCCGACCGGCCCGAGCUGGGCUAUCAGGUGGCCAGAGCCGUGGUCUACUUCGCUUCUCUCAUGUACAUGUUCCUGGGAGUGUCCAUCAUCGCAGACCGCUUCAUGGCGUCCAUCGAGGUCAUCACGUCUCAGGAGAAGGAGGUGACCAUCACCAUGCCUAACGGGGAGACGUCAGUGGCGACGGUUCGAAUCUGGAACGAAACCGUCUCCAAUCUGACCCUCAUGGCUCUGGGCUCCAGCGCUCCAGAGAUCCUGCUGUCCGUCAUCGAGGUGUGUGGUCACAACUUCGAGGCCGGUCAGCUCGGACCGGGUACCAUCGUUGGCAGCGCCGCCUUCAACAUGUUCGUGAUCAUCGGGAUCUGCGUGUGGACCAUCCCCACGGGCCAGUCGCGCAAGAUCAAACACCUCAGGGUGUUCUUCAUCACCGCCUUCUGGAGCAUCUUCGCCUACAUCUGGCUCUUCCUCAUCCUGUCUGUCAUAUCGCCGAGCGUGGUGGAGGUCUGGGAGGCCCUGGUGACGCUGCUCUUCUUCCCGGUUUGCGUCCUCCUGGCUUGGAUCGCCGACCGCCGCCUGCUCUUCUACAAAUACAUGGGCAAGCGGUACCGCGCCGACAAGCGCCACGGCAUCGUCGUGGAGACCGAGGGGGACCUGACCCCCACCAAAGGCGGCAUGGAGAUGAUAAUGGAUGGCAAGCUGCCGGCCCGGGGGAGCGCCGUGGUUCCCGCUGAGAACGGCGGUGGCGGCACUCAGGACGGCCCGGCGGGCGCCACGGCGAACAACGUGGGCGCGGCGGCGGGAACCAGGGGCAACCUGCCCAACUCAAACAGCACGACCGUCAACGUGGAGAGCAGCCGGGAGCUGGACGAGAGCCGCAAAGAGAUGAUUCGCAUCCUCAAGGAGCUGAAGCAGAAAUAUCCGGACAAAGAGCUGGACCAGCUGAUGGAGCUGGCCAAUUAUUACGCCCUGCUGCACCAACAGAAGAGCCGCGCCUUCUACCGCAUACAGGCGACCCGGAUGAUGAUCGGAGCCGGGAACGUCCUGAAGAGGCACGCCGCCGACAGCGCUCGCCGCGUGGCGGUGGUGGACGAGGAGGUGGUGGUGGAGGACGACCUGGCCGUCUGCAGCCACAUCUCCUUCGAGAGCGCUCACAGCCAGUGCAUGGAGAACUGCGGCGUCCUGACGCUGGCCGUGGUCUGCCAAGGAGGCCUGGGGGAGAACACCUUCUACGUGGACUACAGAACUGAAGACGGUUCUGCCAACGCCGGGUCCGAUUAUGAUUACAGCGAGGGAACCCUGGUGUUCAAACCUGGAGACACUCGCAAAGAGAUCAAGGUCGGUAUAAUCGACGACGAGAUAUUCGAGGAAGACGAGCACUUCUUCGUCCGUCUGCUCAACCUGAGAGUGGGCGAUGCCGAGGGGAUGUUCGAGAGCGACGAGGUGGGCAGCGCGCCCAAAGCCCGGCUGGUGGAGCCCCUGGUGGCCACCGUGACCAUCCUGGAUGACGACCACGCCGGCAUCUUCACCUUCAGCGAGCGCAUGGUGCGCGUCAGCGAGAGCGUGGGCACCAUGGAGGUGACGGUGGUGCGAAACUCGGGCGCCCGAGGCACCGUCAUCCUGCCGUACCACACCGAGCCGGGCAGCGCCAAGGAGGGCGAGGACUACGAGGAGUCGCGUGGAGAGCUGGAGUUCACCAACGACCAAACCACUCAGACGCUCCUAGUGAGGAUAAUCGAUGAUGAAGAGUAUGAGAAGCACGAGAACUUCUUCAUCGUGCUGGAGGAACCCCGCUGGUUAAAGAGAGGAAUCUCAGCUCUGCUGCUCAACCAAGAGGCAGCGGAGGGGCAGCUGAGCUCUGAGGAAGAGGAGGCCCGGAGGAUCGCUGAGAUGGGGAAGCCCAUCCUGGGCGAGCACAGCCGCCUGGAGGUGGUCAUCGAGGAGUCGUACGAGUUCAAGAGCACCGUCGACAAGCUCAUUAAGAAGACCAACCUGGCGCUGGUGAUCGGCACGCACUCCUGGAGGGAGCAGUUCGUGGAGGCCGUCACCGUCAGCGCAGGCGACGGCGACGACGACGAGGAAGGCCGUGAGGAGCGUCUCCCAUCGUGUUACGACUACGUUAUGCAUUUCCUCACCGUCUUCUGGAAGGUUCUGUUCGCCUGCGUCCCACCCACAGAGUACUGGAACGGCUGGGCCUGCUUCAUCGUGUCCAUCAGUGUCAUCGGGUUCCUCACCGCCAUCAUCGGGGACUUGGCGUCCCACUUCGGCUGCACUGUGGGGCUGCGGGACAGCGUGACCGCUGUGGUGUUUGUGGCUCUGGGAACCUCAAUCCCAGACACCUUUGCCAGCAAAGUGGCCGCCAUGCAGGACCAGCACGCCGACGCGUCCGUCGGGAACGUCACGGGCAGCAACGCGGUCAACGUGUUCCUGGGGAUCGGCGUGGCGUGGUCGGUGGCCGCCGUCUACUGGGCGGCCAAAGGCAAACAGUUCAUCGUGGACCCGGGAUCGCUGGCCUUCUCCGUCACGCUCUUCACCAUCUUCGCUUUCAUCUGCAUGGCCGUGCUGCUGUUCAGGCGCCGGCCCUCCAUCGGCGGCGAGCUGGGCGGCCCCAGAGUGUCCCGCCUGCUGACCACCAUGCUGUUCUUCGGCCUCUGGCUGCUCUACAUCUUCUUCUCCAGCCUGGAGGCCUACUGCCACAUCAAGGGCUUUUAGUGGCAGGGAGAGCGCGGCCCAGCCUGUCCUCUACAACCCGCCUGUACACCCUCACCCCCCCACCCCGCCCCCCUUUGAGGUAGAAAUCUGACAGAGACAUGUUUAUAUGUAAACAGAUCACAAUGAACAAACCUUCUGGGACCAUGAGGGAAGCUGCUGAGCAGGUUUUCAGAGUCCUGGCUGACAGGAAGUGAGCUGGGCUGUGACGACUCCUCACACCCUCAGAAACCUUUGGUGUAAAGAUAAAACAGAGACGUUAAAAAUCCUUUACCCGCCGCGGCUCUACAGCUUCAUCUUUCUACACCGGGGAGGUGGAGAGAAUGAGUCAAAUGUUUACAAAGCGCUGAUAUUUCUCGUGUUUACCGCGGCGGCUCGUUCCUGACGCGCCGUUUGGACGAAGGCCGUCCUCCGCCCGCUGUAAAUACAUCAGACACUGAAAACGGCUGAGAGGAGGAAAAAAGGGUUUCCCUAAAUGUGAUUAUUUAGUAGAACCUGAGUUUUUAAAAGUCCACUACGGACCAGAGAGUCAAACGUCUGUGUCGUCUUUAAAGUUGCCCCCCCCCCCCUUGCAUGCAGAAGCAGCUAGAAAGCCUCUUCACAAUAGAACCCACGUUUAAAGGGAUGAGCGGUGAAGGAUGCGGGUUCCUCCUCAGACGGGUGGUCUCUGCAGACACUUCGCUCAUAUCCGUUGGCAUGACUGACUGCGGCAUGCCGCCUUUAAUGACUGCAGACGCACAAGCACAUGCAGUCUAACCAGACAGCAGUAUUAGUUUACAGAAAUUAAGCUUUUAAAGCCGCCAGAAUACAACGGAGUCGCUUAGAAACUCCCUCCAACGAUGUCUUCUGUUGGCCUGCAGGAUUCUGGUGUGCAGCACGCUGAUGCUCUCAGAUAACAAACAACAGAUGCCUUAAGGAAAAAAAACAAAUCACUGAUAAAUGUUGGUAUUUAAGCUUCCAGCUGUACAAAGCGCCCAGCUUUUCACUCAUACAUGGUGUUACCCUUGAUUUAGUCGUGUGCAAUAUAUAAAAAAACUGGUUCUGCUGUCUACUUUAACACUGGAUCUGGAUGCUUCUGGUCCAGCAGACAUUGAUAAUUUUGAAGAAUGUGCAUCAGAGAGAGGGUGGAAAUGUCUCCAGGAAGCGUAGCUCUGCGGUGCGUCAGUGUGGAGACAGCCGUCAGGACCUGCUGGUCCUGAAACAGGAAGUCAGCGGUGAGUCGGUCAUUUUCGUAGACUGCUGAGCUCUGAUGGCGCCGGAGUACGCGGCCCUGCAGGGAACGUACGCUGCUCAGUAUUUUAACGCAGACUCCCAACCAGUCUGACUGAGGCUACUGAAAUGGACCGUAGAGGAGAACCUGGGAGCUACGGAAACCCUGAACUGUGUAAAAACCGCCUAGGACUCUUUUCAGGGUUUUUAUCUUCUAGUUUGAGGAACAUGAGGAGUCAGUCCUGGAAAAAUGUCUAAAAAAGCAGCGAACAAAGCGAGUCGCCUUAGUUUGCUACUAAUGAAAUCAUGAACAACUAGCAGCCUGGGUCGAUAUAAUUAUUGUACUUUUCAAUGAGACGUGCGUUAAAAAUCCAAUAUUUGUGGUUCUUGCAUUUGAAACUUCACCCUAAAAUUGCUAAGUGCUCCACAUCCUAACAUCACUGUUGUGUUAACGUCAAAGAUUGAAGCCGUUUACCCCAAAGUAACACUUUGUAAACUUUCUAAAACUGAUUUUGUAUCUUUUCCUUGCAGGUGAAGCCAAGGUUGACUUUUUUUAUAUUUACAGACGACAUUUAGACGAGCAUCAGUGUGUAAAACUGGUCGUGCAGAUGACAUUACGCAACACUGUAGUGGAUUAGAGUUUAAUAUAUUUUCCACAGCUUCAACAGUGAAAGCAUCCAAACAGCUGAUGUUACUGAGGCACGCUGUCUGCUGCUGAUACGGAAGGCUGAAACUGCCAAAAUCAAGUAAAAA